UAAACUUCUCCUUGCCGUUUUCUUGCGCGCCUCGCCUCUGUCAAACGAUGGCUAGUGUAGUCGAAGAUCCCCAUCUUCACAAUGAGGAAGCUAAUGAAGAAGUAGAGGAUGAGCUGUCAUCGUCUUCAGAAGACUACGACGACGACGACGACGGCGCAUAUGACUUGGAUGAUGAAGAAGUGGCAAAUGGAUCGUUUUCGCUCAAUUCCAGACGUCCCAAUGCUCACGGGGGCCAUCAUUCGAAACCCAAUUCAUCUAGCCUCCAACCUCUCUCUAAUCGAAACCAGAAGUUCUCUCAUCAUAUACGGGCUUCGCCCUUAGAGGAGUGGGAAGGCAGAUUGAAUGUUGGCAUGUCUAACUCUGUGACGACAGCAAUUCGUGAAAGCGUCAGAGGGACGACCAUUGGUAAAACUAAAACGACUGAGAAAGCUGAUCGUGCCACUGUUGAGCAGGCAAUCGAUCCUAAAACCCGCCUGGUUUUAUUCAAGAUGCUGAAUCGAGGUCUCUUUAAUGAUAUUAAUGGCUGCAUUUCGACAGGGAAGGAGGCAAAUGUUUAUCAUGCAACCAAAUGUGAUGGUCAAGAAUUUGCAAUUAAAGUAUACAAAACGUCUGUUCUGGUAUUUAAGGACCGAGAUAGGUAUGUACAAGGAGACUAUCGAUUUAGAACGGCUUAUGGUAAGCACAACCCUAGGAAGAUGGUAAAAACAUGGGCUGAGAAAGAAAUGAGAAACCUUUUAAGGCUAAAGGCGGCUGGACUUAGGUGCCCAACACCUUGUCAACUAAGAAAGCAUGUUCUGGUCAUGGAAUUUAUAGGAAAGUCUGGUUGGGCUGCUCCUCGUCUCAAAGAUGCAGCUUUAUCUCUGGACAAGCUUCGUGAAGGCUAUGUUGAGAUGAUUAUUGCUAUGCGAACAUUGUAUCAAAAGUGCAAACUGGUGCAUGGAGACCUCAGUGAAUAUAAUAUACUUUAUUUUGAGGGUCACCUCUAUAUUAUUGAUGUGUCUCAAGCUGUUGAUCUUGACCACCCUCAUGCCCUUGAUUUUCUACGUGAAGAUUCUAUUCAUAUAUCUGCCUUUUUCAGAAAGCAUGGCGUUGCUGUAAUGACAAUAAGAGAACUGUUUGAUUUUAUUGUUGAUCCAUCCAUCACUGAUGAUUCUGUGGACAGUUAUUUGGAAGAGGUGCAACAAAAAAUUUUGGCCAGAGGAGACUUGUCAGUGGAGGAUGAGAUUGCAGACUCUGUUUUCGUGCAGGCUUACAUUCCAAAGACACUUGAUGAUGUUAAGAAUGCUGAGGAGGAUGUACAACGAAUAACCAGUGGCAGGGACACUGAUGAUUUGUACUACAAGACCACUACUGGACUUAAAGAGGCUCUGUCAAGAGUUCAAAUUUCAUCAGAAAAUGUCCAGAAAGAGCAGGAACCAAAGCCUGCAGGUGGCACUAUUGAAGACAGCGUCGGGGAUGAAGAUAGCCAAAGUGACUCUGAAGAGAGUUCAUCUGCUGAAAGUGAAGCAGAGGCUACUGUGGAUAAGAAAGCCGCCCGGAAAGAAAAUAAGAAGAAAGUGAAGGAAGAGAAAAGAGAAGCACGGAAACAUAAAGUGCCCAAGGCUGUCAAGAAAAGGAAGAAGAAGUUGGCCAAAGCUCAAAAGAAUAGGUGAGCAAUGUGGGAUGGCCAUCACUUAUCUGUUGCUCUAGUAGUUUAUUGCCGUUGGAAGUAUAUAAGAUAGAGCUAUAUACUGGGAGUUUUCUUCAGUGGAAUUCAAUUUUGUACGUAGAUGCUAGAAAGCAACAUAGCAUAACUUAUGGGCAAAAUGCAGAGAGCCCAUCUCUUUGUUUAUGGUUUUAAAAUUCAGAGUUUCAUUUUGACACACGUCUACGUUCUGAGUGAAGUUGCUUUAAAUUUAUUAUUGUUCUCCAAAACAUUCUUGGUUGUUCAGAUAGUGGUUAUUGCUGCUAAAAAGUGGUGCGUGUGUAAAUUCUCGCCUCCAAAACGUGAAGUAUGGACUGUUCUUGAAAAUGUUGCU